CUGAAAGUUAUUUCACCAACAAAUGUCAGUAGAGAUUCGGAUACAGAGCCUCAGCAAUUAUUAAUUCAUAUUUAUAUUUUACACGUGACACAUGGUAAAACGAUAAACAUGGAAUACACAACUUAAUAUUCUGUGUAUUUAAAUUAGGAACAAUCGGAGUGAGACCUGCAUAAUAUGUGGUAAUCACCCACAGACGUGACUUGAACAUUUGAUCGAUACACCGCAGACGGAAUAAAACGGCGAGUGAUAAAGGAAAGAUUUUCUCUUUCGUUGUCACACAUUUUCAGAAUAGAAUGGCACUGUUAAUUUUACCCAUAUUUAAAUGCCUUUUAAUCAUGUGACUUAGGAUUUUAAUAAUACCGGGUAUUGAAUCGAAGGUAAGACAUAAUUUUAUUGAUAUUUAUUCGGCAUGCCAGCCAGUGAUCCGUUUACUACCUUAAUACUCUCAAGUCUUAUUAGUCAUGGCAAGUUACUACCUAUAGCACAUACAUGUUUUAUUUUCGUUACAAAAAUGUAAUUCAUUGACGAGGAGAUAUUAUGUGGGGCUGGUGUGACCCUAAAUUCUUACGGAGGACCUGUAGUACUAAGGCAUAAAUAUGGAUUAUUAAUAGUGCCGUUCUAAUAUAUUUUCGCAAUGGAGAGUCCAACAGAGACCCCUGGUACGUUAUUAGUCCUGCAGCUGAAGUCUUUCGUGGGCUUCAAAAGUCAGGACGAGUACUUGUUUGCCAUGAAAGAGGAUUUAGCAGACUGGUUUACAUGUCUAUAUAAAUUAGAAAUAGGUGUGGAGAAUUUUUUCGACGUACUCGACACUGGAGUCCGAUUAUGUGAACAUGCAAAUAAAGUGCGAAAUUUUGCUCAAGAGCGACGGAAAUUAGGAUUACUAGAACAAAUGCAAUCUAAUUUUGUGAGAGGAAUACAAAUUCCAGAAUAUGAGGUCCAAUAUCGGUCGGAAGUCCGACCUCAAACAUUCCAUGCCAGGGAUAAUAUAUCAAAUUUUAUAAAAUGGACCAAAGAUGCUGGAAUACCCGAAGUGCUUUCAUUUGAAACGGAUGAUCUUGUUUUAAGAAAAAAUGAGAAAAAUGUUGUGUUGUGUUUAUUAGAAAUUGCAAGGAUUGGAGCUAAACUUGGCAUGUUGGCUCCGACUAUUGUUCAAAUGGAGGAAGAAAUAGAUGCAGAGAUUGCCGGAGACCCACCACCUCAAAUUAUCACAUGUGAUGUUAAAAGUCUCGAUGAAAUGGUGAAAUGGUUGGCGGGAAGAUGUACGUGUCCCGUCCAGUUCCCAAUAAUAAAAGUUGGAGAAGGAAAAUACAAAAUAGGAGAUUCUCAAACUCUUGUGUUUGUUCGGAUAUUACGUAAACAUGUGAUGAUUCGAGUUGGUGGAGGUUGGGACACGCUAGAACACUACCUCGACAAACACGACCCGUGCCGAUGUAACUUUGGAGGUCAUCGUACUGGCCAGAGACAACCGAGCACACCUAGAAGAUCCAGUACCCCUGUCUUGUCUCAGACUCUUCCAAGUUCCAUGAAGUCACCUAGAAAACAUUCAGUUGCUUCCAACUCAUAUCAAGGUGUUCAAAGACCGCCUUCACCUGUACGCAUGCGCAGUGCUUCCCCUGGACCUAAUCCAAGGAAAUUACCCACUCAACCGAACUUAUCUGGAAGUAGUAGUAAAUCUAGUUUGUCAUCAAAUAGCAGUAACAAUUCUAGUGUGAAUGUGACUAAAAAUAAUUCUGUGUCGAAUCCGGGAAAUAAUAAACUGAGAUCUCCGUCACCGGUUCCGUCCAAUACAAAAUCAUCAAAAGUACCAGGGAUACCUAGUAACAGACCAACAUCUCCGAUCAAAAGAUGCUCAUCUCCAGCACCUGCAAAAAGGUGCACCUCACCUAGUCCUGCUAGAAAAACUCCGACGCCGUCAAAACACAAAAUUAUUGCAACAUCAAGGUCUACACCAAAUACACCAGGAUUACAACGACGUCAGCUACCACACCAACCAAAUAUGGAUUCUUGUGGAAAUAGCGAAAGUUCAAAUGGUUCCGUACCGAGUAUGGACCAAAUUAGUACAAUGACUCUGGAUGAGUUUAAAAAUUUAUUGAAUAAUGCUUUAUCUGUGCCGAAUGGAGAAACUUCCGAAGCUAGUGUAGAUUCGCCUCGGUCUCAAAGUAGUACUGACAGUUACAGAAACUAUUCAGCGAAUACAAAUAAGAAACCACCGGUCGCCGAUCAUUCGAAAUCUAAAACCUGGUCUCAUUCUAAAACUGCGUCAAAUGUUUCAAAAAGUUUUGAUUCAAAUCAUAGGAGUGUAAAAAAUCAUACUAUUUUAGAAAAGCCAGAACUGCCCGAGAAACCGAAAAAGUUGGUGUCUUCGUCAGGUUCUUGGAAUAGACCGAAGACUCCAACUAGUUCUGCAAGACCAAAAACACCGGUAUCAUCUGUGACAAACUCGAUCAGACCAAAAACGCCAGUUUCAUCUGUGACAAACUCAAUCAGACCAAAAACGCCCGUUUCAUCAUCUCAACCGAAAAAUCCAGUGUCUUCUGGUCGACCAAAGACACCAACUUCAAACAUUAAUUCAACUGAUGCUUCUACUUACAAAAAUGUAUCGAGUGAACCCGCAAGUAGAAAUUCUUCUUUAAAAAAUAGCGCAGCAGGAAAAUUUGUAAGUGAUUGGGCAAAUCAAAGUACUGUAAAUUCACGGUAUUCCACAGAAACAAAUUUAGGAAAUGAUGCUCCAUAUAAUACAAGUGUUUUUGAAUCUAAAGACUUUUCAAAAACAUAUACAAAGUCAUAUGACACAAGUGAUAGUACGACACCGAAUAGUAGUCAGGUGAACACAUCACGUGACAAAUCAUCAAUGGGAAGUUUUACGGGAAUGAUGGCAUCAAGGUUCUCACAAGAUUCCGAUGACAGCCCAAAAACAAACACAACUCCAAUUCAGCCUUCAUCGUUUCGAACCAGUACAGAACUUAAAUCAAAUAAAAGUGAAACAAAUUCCUCUUAUAUGUCUGGUAGAUCUAAAAGUGUAACAAUGAAAAGCGAUGGAUCGUAUAUGACCCCAAAAGAGGACGUUAAACCAAAUGUUGGAUAUGUUUCGAUAAAUGCCGAUGACACUAAAUACUGGAGAAAGCAAGGCGAUAGUCUAACGUCGUCUAACAAUGUUGUUGAACACGUUCAAAAUAAACUUGGAUUAACAGACAGUAAUAAAAAGGAUUUAAGUGUUACAAGUGAAAAUGCAAUGGAAAGUAAAUUUGACCUAUUUAAGAAAACAUUUCAGUCAAGUAGUGUUUCAGAACAGAAAACAAGUAACACGUCAGAUUUUCUGCGAAAUAACCCGUACAGUAGAGAAAAUUCCGUGGAGCAAAAGUCAUCUGAAACUAUCUUGCCAGAAAAUAAUAAUGACACUGAUCGUGUACUUCCUCGUCCGUCAACACCUUCAGGACGUUGUACACCCUCUUUAAUACCAAGACCAUCUACCCCUAUUGGAAAUCUGAAAGAACUAAAGGAAAAAGCAGAAAAAUUAAUAAAUGAUGAUGUUACAACUGUUACAAGAUCGAUUGAAAAUUUGACGUCUUCAAUUCUCACUGAACAGACGUCACCUGUUAGUACAGAAGCGCCCUCUAGAAGAAUAUCUUUGCCAGCAAAAAGUUCGAUGUCAUCAGUUAGAGCUGUUGUAUCAUCACAAAGCUCUAGUAAUACAAGUAAUACAGGUAGACCGCCCACUCCUCGUAAAUCAAAUAUUCUUGUUAAGGCUCAGUCACCAUCAGCUUCAAAUGGAACGUACACUAGUCAGUUCAUGCAAAGACGAGCGAUUACACCUGGUCCCAGUAAAUCUGAAAGUAAAAUGGAACCAGUCAGAAGGUCACGGACGCCUGGUCCAAAUGAACUUUCUUUGAGGCGAUCCGAAAAUUUCGAAAUGGACCUUAAUGAAACAAAUACAAACAACACGCCACGUAAGCAAAAUGUAAGAACUAGUGCUAACUUCAGCGAGCCUAGACAAAGCAGAACAGUGCCAUCUAGCCCUGUUGUACAAAGGCGAUCUGUUACUCCUAGUGGACUUUCUAGACAAACCGCAGUUGACGAAGAAACCGUUAUCAUGGUAGACAGGAGCAAAGGACAACACUGUUUAAGUGUUCAAAUAAAUGGAGAAUCGGCUUAUAAAAGUCCCAAACCUAGUUCUAGUCGAAUUAUAGCUAGAUCUCCUGCUGCCGGAAGAUCAAAACAAAACGAUAUAGAUGCAACAGAACGGAAUCGAUUGCGUUCUAAAAGUGUUGAUGUUACUCAACAAAAUACUCGGAGUAAAAGUAUUGAUAGAACACGAAAUAGAAAUGAGUCUGGUGAAGUUGUUCUUUCUGUAAAUAAAACUGAUGGGUCUCAUGUUAUCAAUAAAAGAACAGAAGCUUGGGUUGAGGAUGCGGUAAAAACUGUUGCUAAGACUCGUCACGGGUCAAAAUUAAACAAGUCUUUGUCUCAUGGCUAUCAGAGAUCAAAAACUCCAAGUCCGAUGGACAUGCGAAAUCACAAAUCAAAGUCAUUGGACGAAAUCAAGGCAGAACUUUCACUGCCAAUUAAUGGAAUAAGUCUAAACACAGAAACUCUUGAAGCGCCUCCUGAAGACCCAGAAAUGUAUGCAACCAUGGAUAAAUUAUUUAAAGAAAUGAGAAAAAAUGAAUUACGGGCCUCUGUGAAUGAAACUCCAGGAAAAGCUCCGAAUGAUAUUACUAAUGGCAUAAAUGAUGAUGAAUAUUCAUUAGACAGUAACGAAAAUGUUAAAAGAAAAGUGUCGGUACCAUCUCGACCAUCAAGCAGACAAUCAACACCGUCACGUGAGUCUGUGAAAAGUACACCGUCUCGACCGAAAACGCCGUCAAUGUCACGGUCUAGUUCGUCUUCUCAACCUAUAAAUAGACCAGCAUCAACACCUCCACGACCUUGUACUCCAACAAGGUCAAAAACAUCUUCUCGACGAUCAAGUAUGCAUUCUGAGGAAUCAUCUGCUUCUUCGGAUCAAAUUAAAAGGUCGAACUCUAACCAUGCCACAAUAUUGGUUUCCAAAAUUAAAGAAAUGCUUAAUGUUAAACCACGAAAAGACAAUAUAGAUGGUCCUAAAACAAGGAUUCCUGCCCCGGCUUCUUUGUCUAAAUCAGGGAAGUCGAGGUCUUUUUCAAAUUUAUGUGCUGCAACUGAAAAAGACAAUCCGUACAGCCGACAAUCUUCUGGAAGUAAUAUGUCAAACGGUGGCUUAAAUGGUGACGUGUUUGAUGAUUAUGAUGAAUGCGGAAACGAGGUUGGAUUCUAUUCAAGAAAUAAUGGAAGUGACAGUAGCUCUGACAAAAGUGAUAAAUAUAGAUCAGGGUCGGGUUCUAAAACACCGGUUCCUAAAAUAGCAACGCCGCUGUCUACCGGAAGGACAUCAUUAUUGAAUAAUCCAAGAGACAAUUCUUCCCGCUCUUCCUCAAAAUUAAUAAGAGCAGUAUCGGCAUCUAGUUUAUCAAGCACUACUUCCCAGACAUGGUCUUAUACUGCUGGUGAAGAUGACGGGUAUGUGUAAACAAGAUAUUCUGAACCGUGAUAGGCAUUUUACUGUUAUACAUGUAUGGAGUUGUGCUUUUAUUCUGCGUUGAAAAAGAUACAAUAUAUAGGCUUAAUCUGGAGCUACAAUAUUAUGUCAGCAUUACAUGGAUCGAAGGUUAUAUUACAUACAGGAAAGAAAAAGAGUGUAUACCUUAUUAUAUUUGGAAUUUUCAUUCAUAAUCUGUCUGUGAUAUUUAUCUUUUAUUUCUUACAUUCAGGUGAUCUCAUUUUCGUGACAUUUUUAUCUGAAAUUUUUAAGUGAAAAGUGAUGGAUCGAUAUACAUUAUUUAAAAAGGAUUAAGUAAAUUUUUCAGUGUAUAUGUAGUUAUUUGAUAUAAAGUCUAUUUAUCAGACAAGGCUUUUACCCAAGGAAAUUCUGUUUGCCAAUUAGUAUGUUAAUUUAAUUAUAGGUAGGACUGCUUGCGGAACGUCCAUAUGUUGAUGGUUACCGUCAUUAGAUAAGGUUAUUGAACAAACUAAAAAGAGUUGGAUUAGGUUUGAAAUGUUAUAUUUUUCAUAAAUAUCUAUAUUAUACAAGAAUAAGACAUAUUUUAGGAGAAGUUUUAACACAAUAUAACAAAUACAAAUCUGUUAUCUUACAAGUCCAACAUUAAAAAAAGAAAAUUAAAUCCUGUGGGACAUUUUUAAAUUAAACGGAUUUUUAUCAAUUUAAAUUUAUUCAAUAUAAGGCUGGUAUUACAUGAAUCAUCGCUUGUAAAGAAGCUCCCUGUUCAACAAAGAAAUACCUUGAAUAAAAUGUUAUAGUCUAUUAAAAAUGCUUAUUUCACAACCCGAAAAGGUAUUUUAAUCUUUUUGAUAGGUUUACCCUCUUUGUAUCUUUACCCCUUUAACAAAUGCCUUUCGUUGUAGGUAAUUGCUACUGAAAAUUUUGUCUUAACAUUUAGAGAAUUAAUGUUUACGGAGAAAAAUCAUUUAUUUAAUAUAAAUGUUAUAAUUUUACAAAUUUCUAAAACGUUAGAACAUUACAGAUAUUAAAGAUAUGUACACGUUACAAAAACAACAGAUACUGGAAUAAGUUAUUAUUGUUUGUGCCAAUUACUUGAUGAUUACGAUAUUUCGAAUUCAUUUUCAUAUUUAAAUAAUUAUUUUCGUAUUUUAUGCAAACGAACAUGUUUAAUUGCCAGUAAUUCAUAUGCUGUCUGAUAAUUUUUGCUAUCAUGAGUAAAUUCGAAACUAAACUUUCCAUCUUUACAUUCCAUUUUUGUAUAUUAUUUUUGUUUGGUGCAUAAGUUGCUAUCACUAUUUGUCUAUGCAAGUCGUUUACAAAGAUAAAAGUGUGCAUUCCCUAAAUAUUGGUUCUAGAUUUUCAAGUUGAAAAGCAUCUGUUAAUUGUUUACAUUAUUAUAUAAUUCUUCAAAUUUGUUACUUAGUCAAAAUUUAUAUUUUGGCGGGAAACAUGUGAAACAGUUAUGUAUUUUUGUGCCUACAGCAGACGUAUAGAGACACAAAUCUUUAAGUCUGUUUUUUUCGUUAUUUAUCGAUUGACAGGUGAUUUUAAACAUGGUCUAGAUUAGAAGAAAAGUGAUCCUAUUUAUAUUUAGAUAAAAUAGAAUUAUUUUUAUAAAUAGUUGGCUUGGUAUGAAAGCUUCUUGUGUGAGUUAGAUUGUAUGUAGAUCCAAACUGCAAGGUAGUGGUGUGUUUAUAACAGUAUUAUAGGUAUAUUUGGUUUAAGAGAGACAAUUCACACAUGGUAGACCAAAGUGAGACAACUCUCACAGGGUGUAUAUGAAAUCCUGUGUUAUCAAUAAUUUAAAGCUAUGUCUGUGAUUAUUUAUUUAUGUAUUUUUGUGACUGUAAUGACUUGCUGACAGUAUAAAAUAAAGAAAUAAACUUAU